UUCAAUAGAUACAUCGAGAGACUCCAGGCCAAGGUCUCUGUAACACUUGCCUAACAAUAUUUUCAAAGAGUUGAACAACAUAUCUCACAAUCGACAAUCAUCGAACUUCGAAGUGGGCAAACACGCUUUACACUGCGUGCAAGUCAGAACGAAUAAAUGGCAGACGCUACUUCGGAAAAGCAGAAUGGUUCGACUCCAAGCGUUCAAACCCCGCAUGGGCCGCGGACUCGCACCAUCCUGUGGUGUGUGCCACGUUCUUGUUCCACCGCCCUCACCAAGUGCCUGAGCUUUUGCAAAGAGACCGAGGUGUGGUUCGAACCCUACCUCUACUGCAAGGCGACAACCGACACAGUGAGGGAGGUAUUAGGCCUCCACCUACCCCGUCAAUACAAGGGAAAUGAAGAACAGUUUAGGCAAGCUGGUGAUCUAUUCGACAAGAUUUGCCACUGUGAAGUAAGACCGGAAUAUUUAUCGUUUGCGUCGAUUGGUAAAUUCUUGGAAAGCUCCAGCGAACGUCAUGUAUUUGUCAAGGACAUGGCAUACGCUAUCACGCCGAAUGAAUACAUAUUUCUUCCUGAAGGUUACAAACACGUUUUCCUCAUUCGGCACCCACUUCGGGUGUUUCGUUCGUGGCGGAAGGCAAUGUUCGCUCAACAUUCGGCUCUCGGUCUACUGAAGGGCGAGGCCGCGGUCGAGGAGUCGUACGACCUCGAGCGUGAUUGUCCAUAUUUAAACUCAGGUGGCCUUAUGAUCAAGGAUACUUACGACAUAUGGAAGUACGUCUGCGAAAAUCUAGACAGCGAUCCGAUUGUCAUCGACGGCGACGAUCUGCUGUCGAAGCCAGCAGAAGUGUUGCCGAAGUUCUGCAAAGCGAUUGGGCUUCCUUACGACGAGUCGCUAUUAACGUGGGACGCUUCUGCCGAAAUUACGAAAAGCUGGAAGCUCCCGGCUGAUGGGCUUGUUGGAAAUCUGGUCCAUUUAUACGGGACGGCCAUUUUGAGUGGGGAGUUUCUGGAGGCGAGUAAACCGCCCUCUCGUGACGAGGUUACCGCUGACGUCCUGAGAUGUAGCGAUGAGAUGAUAAAAUAUUAUGAAGAGAUGUAUGAAGCCCGCACAAAAUAG